UGUUCUCUAUGUUUUCUGUAUGUAGAAAAUAUACAACCAUAAUCUCAUAAAAACCCAACAUCCAUAUUGGUGUAUGCGUUAGUUAGUGCGUGUUCUUGGUGCUAGUGUGUGAAAUAUACAUUCCCAUAUUUCCUACAAACUCCAAACCAAUUUUGCUUCACAAGUCAGAAAUAUAUAUAUUCUCUCUCUAUAUAUAUAUAUUCAAUAAUCUAAGUUCAAUUCAAAGGCUCAAAUGGCUUCAUUCAAAGGCUUGUUCUUCAUGGUAUCAGCCUCCUUGAUUAUUUUAAGAAUGGUCUUCUUUUUUGUGACAUCUAUUUCUUCAACCUCAGAGUUACUGAUGAAGCAUGAUAACCUGCAUGAUGCUCAUCACUUUGACUUAAAACCACCAUUUGAUCAUGAUCAAUCUUCGGAAAUCUUUACUCCUUCCAUCUCAAUCCUUAGUCGGUAUAACGAUGUUGUUCGGGUAUUGCACGACGAAAAGCCGUUGUCGAAAUCCACAGUCGAUGAUGAGUCUGGAGUGGCGCAUGAAGAUGGAGAAAUGCCCACGGCGAAUACAAGUCAUGAGGGUGGUCAACUCUCAAAAGAACCUUUGAAUGUCAAAGAAGUAUACCAUGAAAAAGACAUUUUCCUGGAAAACUACAAUCAAAUGAACAAAACCAUGAAAAUAUACGUUUACCCGCACGAGACAACCGACCCGUUUGCCAACAUUUUCUUGCCUGACAACCACGGUUCACCAGGAGGCAACUAUGCCAGUGAAAGCUACUUCAAAAUUGCACUCUCAAUGAGCCAUUUUGUCACACAAGAUCCAUCUGAUGCAGACCUCUUUUUCUUGCCAUUUUCCAUUGCAAGUAUGAGACAUGAUAAGAGAAUCGGAGUAGGUGGCAUUAAAACCUUCAUCAAAGACUACAUCUUUAACAUAAGUCACAAAUACCCGUUUUGGAACCGCACAGGUGGUGCUGAUCAUUUUUAUGUCGCGUGUCAUUCUAUUGGGAGGACUGCGAUGGAGAAAGCACCCGAAGUUAGUCUCAAUGCAAUUCAAGUUGUUUGUUCUUCAAGUUAUUUCUUGCAAGGGUACACCGCACAUAAAGAUGCAUCAAUACCACAAAUAUGGCCAAGGCCCGGGGUCCGCCCCACCCGUCAUCCGUCUAAAAGGGAAAUGCUUGCAUUUUAUGCAGGAGCAAUGAACUCGCGGGUGCGCGAAUCUUUGGUUCAGACAUGGAUUAAUGAUUCCGAGAUUGCUGUUCACCAAAAGCGCCUGAAGACCCCUUACUCAGAGUCACUUCUUGGAAGCAAGUUUUGCAUCCAUGCAAAAGGGUUUGAAGUAAACACGGCUCGUAUAGGUGAUGCAAUCUACUAUGGUUGUGUUCCUGUUGUUUUGGCUGACCAUUAUGAUCUGCCAUUUGGGGAUGUCUUGAAUUGGAAUAGCUUCUCGGUUGUUGUUUCAACACAAGAUAUUGCGUUCUUGAAGACAAUACUUAACAAGAUUGUUGAGUCUGAUGAGUACUUGAAGAUGCAGAAGAAUGUGUUGCAGGUGCAAAAGCAUUUUGAAUGGCAUCAAAUUCCUGUAGAUUUUGAUACGUUUUAUAUGGUACUGUAUGAGUUAUGGCUCAGAAGAAGUUCUGUAAGGAUUCAUUCAUUUAAUUAAUGAUUACUUGUUAGAUAUUAUAAUCGA